AAAUAUGUUAUCAAAAACCUCCAUGGGAUCACUGCAAGUACCAAACCAAGACACUCCCAGUCUCCCACCGUCACCCAACCUGAAACCAUUCAACCAAACCACAUUAUUUGAAAUCAUAAUCAUAAUCAAAUAAUCAAUUCAAAACGUAAUCCCAAACACCCUUUAAACUGCCUCCCCUGAUUCAUCAUCAUAUAAGUUAAAAGGACCAAUUUACAAAAUGAGGCAAAGAUAAAGCCCUCACUUCACUUCACUUCACUUCAUAUAAGUUAAUCGAAUAACACCCCCAUCCUCCAUCUCCAUCCCGCUCUCUGUUCAUCUCUUUGUUUCAAUUCAUAUUAAUAGCGAUGGCUGGCAGAUUCUCUCACAACUCACAGAUCAACUGCCGUACGAUCUUUGUGGUUCCAAUCCACAGUGAAUUAGCUAGCCCUAGUUGGAUUUUCAUUUUAGCUACAAUAAUAUUGUCACCAUGGAAAGAGUACAACACUUAAAAAUUCCUCUCGAAGAGAUCAAAUCGGGAACCAACAACUUUAGUGAUCAAAAUCUUAUUGCAAGAGGCGGGUUUGGAAAUGUAUAUAUAGGCAAACUCACCAUAUCUGGGCACCAAACUACCGUCGCUGUUAAGAGGCUUGACCGUACACAUGGACAAGGGGUUCAUGAGUUCUUGAUGGAAAUUCAAAUGCUUACGUGUUAUAAGCAUGAAAACCUCAUUACUCUUGUUGGUUUUUGUGAAGAAAGUGGAGAAUGUAUUCUUGUUUAUGAGCAUGCAAAACAUGGAAGUCUAGACAAAUAUCUAAGCGACGAUAAGCUCUCGUGGGUGCAACGUCUCAAAAUAAGCAUUGGCGCAGCUCGUGGUUUCAAUUACCUUCAUAAUGAUGUGGGACCCCAACACAGGGUCUUGCAUCGGGACAUAAAGAGCUCAAACAUUCUACUAAACGAGAAUUGGGAAGCAAAAGUAUCUGAUUUUGGAUUGUCAAAAAUUGGCCCUUCUAAUGUUGAGUUCACAUUUCUCGUGACUCGUGCUUGUGGUACUUUCGGCUAUAUUGAUCCUGAGUAUAGGAAAACCGGCAUUCUUACCAAAGAAUCAGACGUGUAUUCGUUUGGGGUGGUCCUAUUUGAAAUAUUGUGUGGAAGGCUUGCACUUGUUAAUAAAUAUCAAGAUGAACGUCGGUUUCUAGAUUCACUUGCACCACGAGCUUGUGAACAACAUAGUUUAGAUGAGAUAACCCUUCCUAGUAUCCGGCAUGAUAUGAAGGAAUCUUCCUUUAACAUUUACUCUAUGGUAGCAUAUCAAUGUUUGAAAGAAAACCGUGUUGAACGGCCAACGAUGGCAUGGAUAGUUGAGAAACUCGAAGAGGCAUUAAAGCUUCAAGUUGAUAGCAAAGUUGCAGGAUUCAUUCGGGUAGGACCUUGGGGAAAACAAAGUGGAGAUCCUAUGAAUAGCUGGUCUUUUGAACUUGGGCCAGGUCUUAGGAUGCAAAAGAUAGUUAUUGAUUAUGGUAAUGAUGUGAUACACUCUCUCAUGUUCAUUGCUGAAUGUCAGGGUGUUUUGCACACGUCUAAGAAGCUUGGUGGUUUGGCUGGGGGACAAACAGUUUCCGAGGUCAAGUUUGAUUUUGACGAGGAAAUUAUUGGUAUGAAUGGAAGCAUUGGUGCUCAAGAUAGUGACACAAUAAUUUCGUCACUUUCUUUUAUAACGAACAAGAGAACCCAUGGUCCUUUUGGUCGACCAUCCAACUCCGUUUUCUCAAUACCGUUGGAGAAAGGGUCAUUAGUUGGAUUCUACGGUUUUGCUGGUAAUUAUAUUGAUGGGAUCGGUGUCUAUGUGAAAGCCUAUGAUGAAAUCACGAGGGUGGGAACAUGGGGAGGGCGUUAUGUUGAACCGCGGCCACCGAAUACUUGGCACUUCCAACUACAGAGAAAUCAUCAUUUGAAAAAUAUAACCAUUGAACAUGGCGAUCUCAUCUAUUCUCUAAUGUUCACCACACAAUAUAGAGGGUUAACGCACACUUCUGCAAAAGCCGGUGGUUGGAAUGGCGGGGAAAAACUUUCUAAGGUAACACUCGACUGGAAUGAAGAAAUUAUUGCUAUUAGUGGAACAGUUGCAAAGUCAAGGGGAAAAUAUGCGGGUUACACGAUCAUUUCAUCAAUAUCAUUUGUGACGAUCAAAGAAACCUAUGGUCCAUUUGGUACCAUAAGAGGGACGCCUUUUACGGUACCAUGGGAAGUUGGUUCAUUUGCUGGUUUUUACGGCCUGUGUGGGUAUUAUAUUGAUGGGAUUGGCGUCUAUUUGAAGCCUAAAAACUAGAAUACGGAAAAACAACUUUUUUCAUAUUCAUUUUCGGAUAAUUGCUUUGUUGGUGGAUCGUCUAAAAAAAUUCAUGUAACCAUUGAACAUGGUGAUCUCAUGUUUUGCUGGUAAUUAUAUUGAUGGGAUCGGUGUCUGUGUAAUCCUA